GGUCGGCCUUGACGUGCCAGCAGCGGACUCGAAGUGCCCAGCGCCGACCUGCGUGACGACGACAACGACAUCCUCGACACACCGCACGCCGCUCCCGCCCAUUUAUCGCCCAGCCCAGACUCCGCGCCACCACCACGCACAGGCGCACGGGACGACGAUCUGUAGCACGUUCCAUCGCCAACGUCCUCAGCCACCGCAUUUCCUGGCACCAACGACCACCCUCCGACGCUCCUGAGACUCGCUGAUACAUAUCGAUCUCCAUUACAAUCGCCAUCAUCCCCGAAACUCUGCUUGUCUGGUCCCUGCCAUGUCGCCCGAAGCGUGCUCCCUUUCCCAAUAGCGACGUCGCGCGGUUUCGGGCCCCCGAGCCUGAGUGCGAAGGACGACUCUUGCCAUGACGCGCCCCAACAUUGUGCGCGCCGACACGCUCGACUUGCAAGACCUGAAUAGCCCCACCGCCGCUGAGCACGCAAAGCAUCCUCCUUCGAACGGCAACGCACCACAUCUGGCGGCGCAGGUGCAGCACGUGCUCGAGGAACGGCAUUCAGAAGAGAAGACAUUGGCAGACGCUUGGGAUACCGCCGCCAAUCUGGACGACCAACCGGCGACGAACGAUGCGGCCGACGCCCAGCACGCGCAGGAAGGCGUGACCAAUGGCCAAAAUGGGGAGGAAGGGGCGGCCGACGGAGAUGGGGACGCGGACGAUGAUAUGAUGGACAGGAUAUCGAGCUCGCCGAGCAUCGAGGAUGAGGACAUCGAUUUCGAGUUCGUUUACGCACUGCAUACAUUUGUUGCCACUGUUGAGGGUCAGGCGAAUGCUACGAAGGGCGACACGAUGGUAUUGCUCGACGACAGCAACAGCUAUUGGUGGCUGGUCAGAGUCGUCAAGGACAGCAGCAUCGGUUACUUGCCCGCCGAACAUAUUGAAACACCAACAGAACGGUUAGCGCGGUUGAACAAGCACAGGAACAUUGAUUUAUCGGCUACGAUGCUCAGCGACAAUUCAGAAAAGUCCAGAAAUCCGCUAAAAAAGGCAAUGCGGCGGCGCAAUGCGAAGACUGUGCAAUUCGCGGCACCAACGUACGUCGAGGCCUCGGAUUACGAUUACUCGACCGAAGACGAGGAGAAUCUUAUCGAGCCUGCGUAUGGCAAUACGCAAGAAGCAGAAAGUACGGCACAAGAAGAAGCCGAGUCGGAGGCAGAAAAGGCCAAGAAGGCAGAAAUCGAGCAUCCCGAAGCAGAAAGGCGCUCGAGCACAGGUUCUAAUCGUGCCUCGUUCGAUCGCGAACAGGCUGCAAUGGCGGCGCAAGCCCUUGCAGAGGCGGGUGUAACAGGUGAUGGGCCUCAUGGGCCAAAGACUGAGGCUGCCCCGCUCAAAUCAAAACGAACACGAAACACGGACUCAUUCCUUAAAGACGACAAAAUCGAUACUGUACGAAUCACACUCACUCCAGGAUUACUACGCGAGGAACAGGCGAAAGAUGGCAAAUCACCAUCAAUCGAUACCGCACGAAGCAGCAGUUUUGAAGAGCUCAAACCAACCACAUCUCCGAUUGAACAGGCCUCCGGGAAGAAAGAGGAGAAAAAGAAAAAGGAAGACAAGCCAAAGAAGAGUGGCGGCAUGCUCAGUGGACUGUUUAAGAGCAAGAAGAAAGACAAGAAGGCCAAAGAAGCGGCGAGUGAUGCUGAUUCCGAAAAGGAGAAAGUGUCCACCGAACUCUCGCGAGAAAACUCGCAAAGAGGCAGCCCGAACCUCAGUGGCAAGCUUUCUCCCAUUGACAAAAGCUCCAUUUCUUCGCCGACUGCGUUCCGACAUGACUACCAUGAGGACGGGCAGCGCGGGUCAUCAUCGCAGGAUUCGACUCAGGCAUCUUUCGUGGCAGAGCUUGAAGGCUCACGGGUUGCUCAUGAAAUGGGUACCUCAAGUCCGGACAACGAGCUUGGACAAAAAAGCAGCGCCGAGUCUGAAGCGCAAACAGCGGAAGAAGCGCCCCAACCGGAGAAGCCGAGUGGCAUCAGCAAGUUGCAGAGUUCUGUCGCCCCAUUUACCAACAUGCUGCACCUUGGCGACAAGGAAGGUAAGCCCGCAAAGGCCAAAAAAGCUAAACAACGAGUGGAGCUUGACGAUUUCGACUCGCCAGUGGACGAUACUGCAAAUCCAUUUGAAGACCAGGACAAGACCAAAGAGAGCGAGAGGCUGUCCGAAAGCCCUGUCGAAAUUUCUAGCCACACGUUCAUGCACGGCACCGAGACAAUACACAUACCAGACACGUACAACGAAGACUGUCCAGGAACGGACACUUCUGGAGAGCCAGAGAGCCUUACGAGCUCACCCAGCAUCAUUGAUCAUCCUACUGGGCCUGGCGGAGCUGUGUCUGGUGUGCACGAUGAAGACGAUGACUCGACACCGACAGCACGCUCACCCAUUGCAGUGACGCCGCAUGAGAAGAUAACUGCAGGGAUCGAAGAAGCGGGGACGAAGUCGCCAGCUACACCCAAAGCAGCCACUCCACAACCCACCCGUGGCCUAUCAACAGAUAGCACCGCUUCCAAGUCGUCAGCUUCACACCCUUCGCCCUCAUCAUUCCCGUCACCCGCAACGUCUCAGCAAUCCUGGUCUGAUGAGAGCUUGAAGGCUUGGCUCGAAGACGGUAGCGAGGUGCGCGAUAUGCUCGUGUUGAUUCACGACAAGAGUGGCAUCAAACCUGUUGCUGCAGAUCAUCCUCUCAUGGUGGACCUUUUCACAGAACAGCGAAAAGGUGUACAGAACAUGAUGGGAGAGCUGGAUGGGUUGCUAGGCAGCUAUCUGCAGCGGAAAGGCGUCCGCUUCUGAGGAGCUACCGGAUGCGGUAGGGAAGAUGUUGAUGACGGAAGCAGUUCCAACCAACCUGUUACGAUGCACGACGACCGAUAUUGUUUGAUUUUUUGAGGUUUUGCAACUUCUGCUCGACUGCCGACGUCCUUGAGACGCUUCGGUUGCACUUUCUGACAGAAGUUUUAUGUGUGCAUAUACCCUUCCGGCGAAGCGAGCAGGCACGCAGGUUCCAGGCAGGCGACUGAGAAGGUAGGCGCAUGUAUGGGCAUCCUCUUCGCACCUGUCGACAGCAGGCAAUGGAGUUGAGGUUUGCUUUUAUGUUUACAGAUACUACACCACAGAGAGAAAAACAGAAUCCAGGCCGUUGACUGGCGGUAUUUCCUUCCAGCACUUUCCAC